GCUGUUUAUAGUCCGUUAUUGGAAAAUCUUAGGUUGUGUUAUUCUUUUCCCGGAUUGAAAAAAUGGCAUUAACUAAUUUGUUAGUGAAAAGCAGCUUAACUACAGUUAUACGAAACAACAAUGUGCUGUUAAUUUCAGCAAGAUUAGGACAUACCAUACGCGGCAAACGGCCAGGUGUUGCAAAAUCAUUAGAACAACGUUUGCAGGAAGAAAAUGUCAAAGAUCCAGAAUUAACAGCACGUGUAAACAUUGGUUUCCCACAUUUAAAAUCAUCGCGUUCGGAGCAGUUGAAGCAGCGACUAGCGCACUUGAAAGCCCAACGAUCUAGUGAAGAAGUGGAAAAAUUAGCUCGAGCUAAUAAAUUAUUAAUUGAUUUGGAUGAAGUGGACCGGGAGUAUCGAGCCACCACCGGUCAAUAUGAUAUGCGUGUAAUUGCUGACCAUUAUGGCAUUUUUGAUGAUCUAUUUGGUUUAGCAUAUUUUGUACCUCGAGUGGCACUGAAUAUUCAGUAUCCACUUGACGGCGGUAAUUUAAGCUGUGUUUUUAAUGGAAACGUCAUAAAACCUGCGGAAGCGGCAAAUGCACCAGAGGUCAGUUUUGAUGGCACGAUCGAUCCUAUAACUGGGAAGAAAUCUACAAAAGAUAGUUUUUGGACGCUAGUAGCUACGAAUCCUGAUGCGCAUUUUACGGAUAGUUCUUCUGAAUAUGUGCAUUGGUUUAUCUCAAAUAUUCCCAACGGUGAUGUUAAGAAGGGCGAAGUGUUGGUCGAAUAUUUACCACCUUUUCCACCAAAAGGUGUUGGCUAUCAACGCAUGGUCUUUGUUUUAUACAAACAAAAUGGCAAAAUGGAUUUCAGUCAAUAUAAGCUCUCACAGAAUGAGACGAAUAAUCUAGAGAAGCGUACAUUCAAAACACUGGAUUUCUAUCGCGAUCAACAGGAUCAUAUAACCCCAGCGGGGCUUGCAUUUUUCCAAAGCGAUUGGGAUAGUUCAAUUACGAACUUCUAUCACAAUGUGUUAAAUAUUAAGGAACCAGUUUUCGAAUAUGACUUCCCCAAACCAUAUAUAGCUGAUCAGAAAUUCUUCCCGCUGAAGCAGGCGUUCAAUUUGUAUUUGGAUCGUUAUCGUGAUCCUAAAGAGAUCAAUCAAGAAUUCCUGGAACGCAAAUUGGCUACGACGCAUCCAUUUGAAGGUCCUGAAGAGCCUCUGCGCUUCCCAAAUGCGCAUCCAAUACGUGGUGUGCCGUCCUGGCUCAAGACAGAAAUACGAAAGCGACGACUCGGAAUUGGGCGCAUUAACGACUAUAAUUAAGUGUAUAAAAUAAAUUGUAAAAAGAAAAUACAUAAUUCAUGUGUAAACAAUUACGAAAAAUAUAGUAAAAAUUU